AAACGCAUCCAUGCCGACGUAAAACAAAUCCAUUUUGCUGCAACAUCCUCCAUGGACGGAUCUUCUUCCCAAAUGUCUUGUGUUCUGAGACUGGACACCCAGAGUCGUGGAUGGGACAAAUCCAUGCAUAAGCUCUUCAAGGGCAUUCGAGAUGUGACGUACACGAUCGAUGCAACGAGAGGGUUAGCGUACGUGUCGGGGAAAAUCAGCCCAGAGAUAAUUCUGAGGAUACGAAAAGCGAAGAAACACGCACAACUAAUCCACAUGGAUUAUGGUUAUAACCCUAACCUGCCACCCACUAAUCCCGAUAAUUUCCCGCCUGAAAACAUACCCAUUAGUUUUAAUUCCCCUUAUAAUUACCCGGCCGAAGCUCCUAAUCUUCCUCCGCCUCCGCCUCCGCCUCCGUCGCCGUAUAAUAUGUAUAACAUCAACUACCGUUACAAUCCGUACGAGCAGCAGCAGCAGCAGGCCGUGGCGUCUCCGUACAACUACUUCCAGCAUCCGUACUACUACGGAGCGGCGGAGGUUCCGUACUCUCCGCCGCCGCAGAUUCCGACAAGGGAUACUGUCACCGGUGAACCUCAGUGUCUGAUUCUCUGAACUUGUCUGUCGUUUUAAUUAAGGUUGUGAAUGUAUUUAUUCGUUGCAUGUCUUUGUUGUUAU